CUUGUCUCCAAUCCUUUGACCUUCUCCCAAAUCCUCUUUUGACUCUUUUAUUUAUCUCAACACCUUCGCCUUCCUAAAUCAUUAACUUUAAUUUAAUCCAUUCAUAACUCAACUCUCCCCACUUGAUCUCCUACCGACUUCAAUGUAAACAGUCUCCAUUCAAAUUUGCCAGGGCAGCUCUCUUUCUUUUCCUUAUAUAAACACCCACCACUCAACUGUUUCUUCCUUCAAAACGAAGAAAUUGACCAACCCUUUUGCUUAUUUUUGUAAUUUUGCAUGUGAUGUUGCGUUGAAAAAGUGGCGAACAAGAAAGGAAAGAAGGUGGCGGAGGAUGGUCAUCGGGUUGAUAACGAGCAGUGGCCGUUUGAAUAUCAACCGUUGGAUGAAUCCGCUGGCAAUGAGAUGUGGAUGUUUUCGAAGGUGAGAAGGGAGAGGGAGAUGUCGGCGAUGGUGUCUGCUCUGACGCACGUGGUGACCGGAGAUGAUUGCGUGCGGCGGAUUAACGACGGUGAUGAUGAUAAUUUGGUAAAUGAAUUGAUGGAUGAUAUGAAUGUUGGUUCAAGUGAAAGCUCCUUGCAUGGUGGCUCCUCCUCUUAUUCUUCCCCUUCAGGGAGCAGCAGUGGCCACAAAAGAGGAAGAAAUCAGCAUAUUCAAACAUCUAAAGAGUUUUCUUCUUUAAGAGAAACUUCAAAUUCAACAAUUCAAUCAGAAAUUACAUUAUUCAACGCAAAGUAUGAGUACACCACCACCAACAGUGGCGAUCAAUAUAAGAAGAAUGAUAACAACACCGCCAUCAACGUUCAAGAACCGAGAAGAAGAUACAGAGGAGUGAGGCAGCGGCCGUGGGGGAAAUGGGCGGCGGAGAUAAGAGAUCCAUUCAAGGCUGCAAGAGUGUGGCUGGGCACAUUUGACACAGCGGAAGAUGCAGCCAGAGCAUAUGAUGAAGCCGCUUUAAGGUUCAGAGGCAACAAGGCAAAGCUCAAUUUCCCUGAAAAUGUCAAGCUCCGGUCACCGCCUCGAGACCCAGCAGCCGCCGAGGCUGCGGCAACUACCCAGUUCGCCUUUUCCGGUUCUGCACCAACCCUUUUGAGCACUCCCACAUCCACUGAGCCGAUUGUUCAUUUUCAAGUGGGGUUUCCUGCUCCCAUGGUUUUGGAUUUUGCUGAAUUUCAGAGGCAGCCCAUGAGUUUGUAUGACCAGCUUGUGUUUUCUUCUUCAUUGGCUUCCAAUUUGUCCCCGCCGCCGCCACCCCAUUUGAUGUUCCAGCCUCAGCCUCCUCAUCACUUCAUGGCAGCCUCCACCCACAGCAGUGGUGAAAAUUUUGAAAUUCCUUCAUGGAUGAGCUCCAAUCUAUACCCUCCUAAUUCAGGAUAAAAUUUUUAGUUUUUCAGUGAGUACAAUUAUUCAGCCUUUUUACAGCUAUAUUAUUUAUCUUAUUCCGGAUUAUCUCUC